UUGUACAAAUAAAUGCAAAGGCUAAUACAGAAUAACAACAUAAUGUUUUAUGAGCUUUCAAAGUCUCCAUCUCUCACAAUUGGUUCAAUGAUAUAUGUUACUUUGGCUUCCCAGGAAGAGGCCAUAGAACGGUGCAGCAUCCCAGAUAUUCCAAAGGAGCACUUCGGGCAGAGGAUCUUAGUCAAAUGCUUGUCUCUGAAGUUUGAAAUAGAAGUUGAGCCCAUCUUUGGAUCACUGGCACUUUACGAUGUGAAAGAAAAGAAAAAGAUCUCUGAAAAUUUUUAUUUUGAUCUCAAUUCGGAACAUAUGAAAUCCCUUCUCCGAUCUCACAGCACUCAUCCUGCCAUCUCCACACUAGCUCGCUCAGCUGUGUUCUCUCUUACACAUCCUUCUCCAGAAAUAUUCCUGGUGAUCAAGGUGAGAUGUUUGUUGUCGUUUUUUAAUAGUCACAUUUGCAGCCAUUCCAACAAAUGCUGGAGAGAAAAGAUGACUAUAUAUACCCUUAUUUUACAUGAAUGCAAAAUAGGAUCAAUGUUCAUGCAUCUGUUGUAUUUUGGAGUCUCUGAAACUAAUGGAUCUCAAUAAAGUUUGAUUCUCUGAAACUGAUGGAUCUCAAUAAAGUUGAAAGUCAACAGGAUGCAGCUUUAUUUUUUUCCAAUUAUUUGUAUGGAGAGGAGAGACUCUUUUUAUCUGCUCAGAAAAUAGAAAGUCAAAUAGAUUAGCUAGCCAUACAAUGUACUUUCCUAGGAAACGCC